AUUGUGAGUUUUAAAAUUUAAGAAGAAGUAAUCGUUCCUUCAAAUGAAUAAAGGAAUCUUAAUUUUAUGUGUGAUCGACGUUGAACAGCGAGUAAAAUGUAAAAAAUAGAAGGAAUAGAAAGCAUUCUGAUGCAAAAUGACAAAAGAGACACUUACGCAUCGUAUGUGUUCGUUGCUAUUGUCUGGAAUAGUGGAUAGGAGUGUAGCGUAUAGUAUUUUUAGUCAUUGUUUAGUGGAAGCUACUGAAUGUGUGAAUAAUAAAUUCGAAUUGGUCAAAAUAGUAGUUGAUUUUGUGUCUGUAUAUAUUCUACUUAGUUUUCAACGAUUAAAAAAACCCACUGAAAAUGGCGACAGAAGACGGUUCGAAAGGCCGAACGUUAGCAAUCGCAAUCGGUUGGCUUAUAUUAAUUAUAAGUGUGGCUCUGUUUUAUAUGGCGGCUGUGUUUAUUCUUCCGGCAUUAAUUUAUGGACAAACCAUGAUUCAUGUUUACAUCGUUUUCGCCUUCUAUUUGCUGAUCAACGUCAGCUGGAUUUUUGGAGCUAUUAUAAACCGGUGUUUAUGUUGAUCGCAUUAGCUGGAUGGCUUUUUCCGGCUGCUUCAUGUCUAUAUUGUGUAUUCAUCGGUAUUGUUAGAGGAAUACAGCACCUCAAAGUUGAAAAUCUGGAAGAAGAUAAAUUUCCACUUUUCAAGAUCGUAUGUUUCGCAUUGGUCUUCAUUGGCAUUUAUAUCAUCGCCGUAUUUUGCUAUUGCUCGGUGAAAAGAGCAGCCAUUAGAAGGAAACCUAAUACUAUGCGAUUAAAUAUAAAAUAUGAAGUUCCACAAGGCAAUGUUGAACAGAAUGAAGGAAUAAGACUCUAUCCCACACUAAAUACUGAUCAAAUUUGAACAGGAAUUAACAUUCAUCUUUUAUUGAUCUCGUCAUAUAGAUCGAAAAAUUACUCAUUAAUCAAUAAUAGUAUAAAUAAUUCAUUAAUUAAAACACUUUAUAUGAUUUCUCAUUGUGAAAUAUGAUAUUGCAAAUAAAAUGACAUAUUUUCUAAAA